AAAGAAAAGGAAAAAAAAAAAAAGAGAACCAAAAACUAGAAACUCUGACCGCCACUCUUUCCUUCUUGCCAUUCGCGAUAGCGUCCCCUCCCCCUCCCUCCACCUGUCAACAUGUCCGACCACCAGUACAAAUUCGACGUCACCAUGAGCUGCGGUGGUUGCUCCGGAGCCGUGGAACGAGUCCUUAAGAAGCUUGAUGGGGUCAAGUCCUUCGAUGUGAGCCUGGAAUCGCAAACUGCAACGGUUGUGACCGACUCCUCCGUGUCAUAUGAGACUGUGUUGGCGACGAUCAAGAAAACUGGAAAGACAGUUACCGGUGGGAGUGCGGAUGGGCAACCCCAGAGUGUUUGAAUGUGUCGGACGUGAAGAAGAUAAUUGGUGGUUGAUGAAUUGGGUGCGAUUGUCGAGGAUGGAUCUAAUAGGAGCUGUACUGAGUGAUUUCCAUAUUUACCCUUUCUUCUGGAAACCGAUAUAUAUGUCUUCCAUCACGCAUGUUCAAAUCACCUUUCGUGGAGAUCUGGAGCAAGCCUUUUGUUCAAAUAUUGUCUUGGACACUGAUAGCAUCGAGGAGGAUAGUAUCUUUCUUGGCUCAUAGUUUAAUGUGUUACAGCAUUGGGUAUCA